CUAAGAGACAGCAGGUAAACAUUCAGGGUCCAAAAUAAUAAAGUUAGUGUUAUCCAGAAUAUAUAUACACGUUUACGAUGACUGUUUUUGAAAGGACAACAAGCUGCUGGAGACGCAGGGACACUUUUCCAAAUAUUAAAGCGGCAGGGAAAGUUAUACCACAAGGAGACAGGGCACAGGCAUGUCUGCAGGAAAUAACACCAAGGCCUGAGACGCCCCUGGUGGUUAGGAAGUUCCUCAGCAGUUCACACCCAGAGCCUGGGACAGUCCGCGUCUUCUUUGGGAAAGCAAAUGACCCUGAUAUCGCCAGCACUCUGGUGCAUGGAAUAAGUACGAGGUCGUCUAUCAAUGCUGGAUCUGUGAUCAACCCGUCACCCAAGACCCAUUACCAAGAGAGGCUGCGAGAGCUUCAGGAGGCCAUUUAUGGCAGCAGACAGAAAGCUCCAUUUGGACGGUCCCAAGUUAAUGGUCCUGGGCUUCCAAAUGGUCUUGAUCCUGAAAAAACAACUUUUGGUGUUAAAUUACUUUAUUCCAUUAACGCUGGUGAGAUCAUCAAUCCACCAAAAACAGCAGUGCAGGUAGAACAAGAAGCGCAGGACAGACAUGAGCAAUACAUCCACUCACACAAUUCCUACUUUGUUGGUGAGCGUUUGAACAGGAAGUAUGAUUUGAGUAGUUACAGGAAGGACAGCAGGUUCGGUGUGGCCACGCCACAUCGCAAUGAUGGACACAAUGCCAGAAAGUCUCUCCAAUGGCUCGGUGAUACACAGACGAACCACAGUGCAAAAUUUGUCUCGAAGAGAUGUGACGACUUCAGAGAGAGGACACAGUCGCAGAUCGGCAAAGUGCAUGACCCAAUCGCAGACACCAUGAAGGUUCCGGCUGAUCACACAUUCGGAGCGUUGCUGCGUCCUGACGAGUUUGGUGCAGCAGACGUCCUGCAUGCAACGCCACCUUCAGAGCACAGGAAAGGACAGGACAGACGUCGCACGCUGGUCAGCGUUGUACGCCAGCACCUGAAGAAGGCCAACUUCCACAACUUCUCCUCUUUGCUGCAAGCAUUCAGACACUACGAUAAGAAAGGCCAGGGAGGGAUCAAUAAAGAGGACCUGCGGGACGUGUGCCGUGAGUUUAACCUGGACCUCAGCGCAGACAUCCUGGACGACCUUAUGGACUACUGUGAUGUCGAUAAAGAUGGGCUAAUUAACUUCCUGGAAUUUGCGAAUUUCCUUAAUUGGAAGGACAAAAUGCCAAUCAGUCGAGCGGAGCAAAGGAUUUUGGCAAGAGAGCGGAAGCCCACCACAACCCCGGUUGUCAGCACGAGAGCUGAGGUGCAGGAAGCAGACGCAGAGAAACAGGCUGGAACUGAAAGUCUGGCCAAGUGUGAAGACCUGGAACCUGUGAAGGUGGGGAGUGUUCUGAAAACCCCCAAAACACUGCGCAGAACUCUAGCAGAGCCAGAGCGCUUCAUCACCUCAUCCUCUGCCAUCUGUGCCAUCAUGGGGAAGCUGGCUGCUAACGAUUAUCGGACAUACGGUGUUCCGUCAGUGCGUACGGAUUUGGCCGCCCCACGUAUCAAACGCAUCGGCGACCGAACAAACUACGGUGAAGAGGGAACGGCGUAUGAACUGCUCUUUCCCACACUGUACUCGCUGUUUGGGGUGGAUGAGAGACAUUUCUUCUGCCCUCGCACCAAGGACGAGAUGGAGCAUAUUUUCCGGAACGCCGGCCUGCGUAUUCCCGAUCAGACAUUUGAGGAGGCCUGGAGCUUGGCUUCCAGGAGUCACCCCACCGGAGAAGUGUGUGUGGAGAGUUUUCGAAAGCUUCUCAGUGAGCUCCAGGCAAAUUAGAAAAGGAUGCGUAUUGUUCAAUAUUGUAUCGUUUCUCUUAGCAUCGCAAGGAUGAAUUUGAAAUGCUAUAUCCAAUGAACACUAGUAUCAAUAAGGCAUUAUUAGAAUAAUAUUAAUGAUAUUACAAAUGACUUCUUGACCCACCUCUCUGCCACUGUGCUACAGUAUGCUACAUACUAGACAUACAUACAUAGCUUCUUAGCUUGUGAGCUGUUGAAAUGGUCAUUUACAGUAUCUCAGAUAUCUAAGAUGUAGUUAUUUCCCAGCUUUCGUUGCAUGCUUAGCGGGCCUUUCUGUACUCAGAAGCCUAAAGAUUCCUUGAGUUAUCUAUUGUUUUAAAAAAAAAUAACCGCGUUCACCUGUAGCGUCUUGUGCUCAGGUACGCAUAUAUACAUAAUCACAUAUUUAACUAAAAAUAAAUGAAUCAAAAAAAUGUCCUGCAUGUCAAACAUUUAGAGAAACUAGUUUUGUUCAGAUUGGUCUCACAAUGCGCCUUUCACACUUGGUAAUGAUUGGACAAAAUAUGUCAGAGCAGAAGGGAAAAUGAAUUGAAAAUAUAUUCAAAAUGGCAGAAAAUCCAAUAUGGCGGAAAACCGAUGAUAGUGGAAUCGUUUCUACGGCAUUGUAUGCACCAAAAUGACUGUGAGUGUAGCUGGGACUGUCCUCUAUCACUGUGCCAAAAUCCAUAAGAAGCAUAUAAAACGUUCUAUGGGCGUCCAUAGACUCCCUUGUAGAAGCAAAAUAACCUUCGGUGCUUGGCCCCCUAAUAGGUAAACAAACAAACAAAUAAAUACAUGAAUAAUUCCUGCCGAAUGAAGAGGUUUUUAAAAAAAUUA